AUGAAACCAUCUUUCGAGAUCCUCGCGGGCCUCGCCCUCCUUUCAAUUCCCGCUCUCGUGCGCGCGGACUGUAAACUCAACAACGCGAUCGGCGACGACGAGAAAACCAGCGAAGACCGCUCAGAGCUUUGUCUCGCCGAAGGUCCCAACAGAUGGACCUUUGCCUUGCAGAUCAGCGAGGUCAGCGUGCCUACAUUUGAUGAAGACAACCCAUUUGGUGGGUUGACUGGCUCCAAGGCCUUUGUUCUUUACGACGACGUCUGCAACCGCGUGGGUGUUUACUCCCCGAACAACGAGGGAAAUGACUGUGGUAUUCCUUACACUAUCGAGGAGGAAUGGCUGUCGGACCCACUCACUGUCACCAAAAUCAAUUUUGAUGUUGGCAAACCUUUCUUCAAAUUCAGCUACGCCGACAACGAGUACCAGACUGGGCAGGAUGGAAAUGAAUGCAGCGACAUCAGCUCGGGUCUGCGUGCGGAGCAGGCCUGCCAGGCUACUUUCUCUAACUGGGUGGAAUAG